UUCCGGUUGAGGGGGAGAGUUUGUUGUUGCUGUGUUUUCCUUUCUUUUUCUUUUUUAGAAGAAGGUCUGGGUGAGUCAGCUGUACAGCGCAGCCCCUUGAAGAGCUGCCCUUGGGGGAAGGAGAGGGCUGGAAAGAGCCUACGGUGUAGAAUUACCUUGGUUUUGAGUUAAGAAAGACCCACCUGGGUUCGAACCCUAUGCUUCAGCCAGCUAAGACAAGCUAAUAAGGGAACUCGGCGCUGUUUUGGAUUUUGUAAUUUUAGGGAUAAUGCCUACCUUUGUGUCUGAGAGCUGCUUAGUUUGCAAGAGGUAGUGCAUUCCACAAGAACACUAUGCAACGUUAGCUGGGAUCAAUCGCUUUUAUCUGUACUAUGAAGUCCUGACAAUGUUUUGUUUUGUUGCCAUUUCUAGAGACAGCUGUUCUCCAGCAUUUCUGGAGGGGUGCAAAGUCUUUCCUUAAGACAAAUAAGCAUUCCAGAAGUUUUGGGCUACCUGACCAUUAUGGCACCAAGAAACCUCUGGCAUAUGAGAAGUAACUUUCUCUUUGGUUCAAGAUGGAUGAUCCAGUUUUCAGCAGAAAUCCUCUUCAAAUCAGUUUCAGUUAGGCUUUUUGGUGUAAAGUGUGGUGAUGCAAACAAAGAGCCUUUGGAAAAUGAGGACCUAUUGAACAACUUACUUACUAUGGGAGUAGAUAUUGACAUGGCAAAGAAACGACAGCCUGGAGUUUUUAAUAGACUGGUUACUAAUGAGCAGGACCUGAAGACGUUCCUUCUAUCCAAAGGAGCUAGUCAAGAAGUGAUUGCUAGCAUCAUAUCAAGAUAUCCACGAGCCAUAACACGUACUCCUGAAAGUCUUUCAAAACGGUGGGAUCUUUGGAGAAGGAUUGUGACAUCAGACCUUGAACUUGUAAAUAUUUUGGAACGUUCUCCCGAAUCCUUUUUUCGGUCCAAUAACAACCUAAACUUAGAGAAUAAUAUAAAGUUUCUCUACUCAGUUGGAUUGACCCGUAAGUGCCUUUGUCGAUUGUUGACCAAUGCCCCUCGUACUUUCUCCAAUAGUCUUGAGUUGAACAAACAGAUGGUUCACCUUUUGCAAGAAGUUUGUUUGUCAUUGGGUCACAAUGAUCCUGCAGAUUUUGUCAGGAAGAUAAUUUUUAAAAACCCUUUCAUUUUAAUUCAGAGUACCAAGCGGGUGAAAGCCAACAUUGAAUUUUUACAGUCAACUUUCAAGUUGAACAGUGGGGAACUGCUUGUUCUGAUAUGUGGUCCAGGAGCUGAAAUCCUAGACCUUUCCAAUGAUUAUGCCAAAAGAAACUAUACAAAUAUCAAAGAGAAGCUGAUUUCUCUUGGAUGUACUGAAGAAGAGGUACAGAAAUAUGUCUUAAGCUAUCCAGAUGUGAUCUUCUUGGCAGAGAAAAAGUUUAAUGAUAAAAUAGACUGCCUCAUAGAAGAAAAAAUUAGCAUUUCACAAAUAAUUGAAAAUCCUCGGGUUCUGGAUUCAAGUAUAAGUACUUUAAAAAGUCGAAUCAAAGAAUUGGUAAAUGCUGGCUAUAACUUGAGUACAUCAAACAUCACUCUUCUGUCUUGGAGUCAAAAAAGAUAUAAAGCUAAAUUGAAAAAGUUAAGCAGUUAGAACAUUGUUCAGGGACUUUUAAAAAGUCAGUCAUAUAUAGUGAUAUUUUAUUUUGAAUUUGGGCCUUUCAGAAAGGAGAGUUGAUUUUUUAACUACAGAUACAUAUAUGGUUGUCUUUGGGAUUUAUAAUUUGGCUUUAUAGAUUAAUAAAAACUAUUGGUAUGCUCAAGUAUUGUCCUCCUGGCUAUCUCUUCUCUAGUUUGAAUUAAUGCAACAUACCAUUAGAUGAUACAGGCUGUGGCUGCUUUACACAUGGCAGGCAGUUCCUCAGUGCCAGGGCAGAACAAUGUGUAGGAAGAUAGAAAGUACAAAAUAAGCUUUUGUUUUUUUCUGUUCAGAUUAAAAAAUUGACAGACUCAUUUAGGUAGUUCUAUUUCCUCUCAUGAUUUCAAAUGGCAGCCUGCUUCUCCUUUCCUUUGUGUCUGUGGUUCAUGUUAAAAAGUAGAAUGCCAGUAAAAAUAGUAAAAAUCUGACAAAAUAGAAAGGAGGGAUUUUUCAUCCCAAGUUUUACAUUCUCCAUUUAAACCAUUAGUGUGCUUCCUCCAGUUCCCCCAGGAUUUACUAUUGGUGUAUCCUGAUUUCUUUGAAGACCAGGGCAACUGUAGUAAGCAGCAUAAUGUCCACCUAAAGACACUGACAUCUUAACUUCCGGAAGCUAUGACUGUGUUACAUUACAUUGCAAAAGGAGUUUGCAGACAUGAUUAAGUUAAAUGUGAUUAAGUGCCUUGAGAUGGGGAAAUUAUCCUGAAUUAUUUGAGUGGGUCUAAUAUAAUCAUAAGGGCCCUUAAAAGUGGAAGAGGGAGGCUAAACGGGAGGUCAGAGUGAUGCAAAUAAGAAAGACUUUUGAACGGAGGUCAAAAGGAGGCUGAGAAGGAGGAAGGGUCCAUGAGCCAACAUAUGCAGGUGGCCUAUAGAAAAUGGAAAAGGUAUGGAAACAGAGUUUUCCCCUAGAGCCCCUAGAAAGGAAUGCAGCACUUCUGGCACCUUUUUAGCCCAGUGAAACUGUUGUCAAACUUCUAACCUGCAGAACUGUAAGAUAGUAAGCUUGUGUUGUUUUAAACCAUUGAGUGUGAUAAUUUGUUAUAACAGUAAAUAAUAUGGGAACUAAAUAGAUGAUUAGUCACAUUAUAGGUGAAGUCAUAGAAUGCAGUCCUUUUAGUAUUUUAUCUGUAUUUCUGACUCUUAUAAAGAGUGAUUGCAUUUUUCUAAUCUACCUACCUUUCUGGAAUUGCUGAUAAGUUAGUGUGUAUAAAGUCCUUUAAAUGUGUGCAUGAAAAACUAAAUGUAAAUAAAAUCUAAAUAAAGGAAUGUUUUUUGCCUAAUGAAUGUAGUUUGAAGAAAUGGCGAUCACUUCUGUAUAUUUAUGUUUUGUUGCCAUUUUAUCUAAUAUAAAUAAUGAGGAAUUUCUAGAGGCAUUGUCUUCAAAAAUGACAAAUCAGAUGAUGUGUGUUUCUUGAAGCUACAAUCUAGCUCUGCUAUAAACUGAAAGAGAAGAGACAAGUUAUGUGACCUUAAUUUUAAUUAUUUUCCAGGGGCAUUUGUUUUCUAGUUGUGGAUUUUGAAUUAAAUAACAUAAUUAUGCUCAACUUUUUAAACCUUAAUUGCUAUCAGUGAUGCCUCAAAAAAAACUUAUUCCUACCAUUGAGAAAAGAAAAUGCUUUUCCAAGGCCAUUUAUAUGUUCAAUGAUACUCUUAUUAUAAUCUUUAGUAAACCUGUUUGAUGGCAAAAGCAUGGUAUAGUUUAGAAAACAUGAGCUUUAGAGAGGCAUUUUUUUAGAGUGAUAUAUCUGGGUAUCAUUACUGAAUAACACUAACUUUGUGUACAAAAUUUACUGAACUUAUUUCCCCAUGUAUAAGAUUAAAAAUUGACCUUGCAAAGUUGGUAAGAAUCAGAUGAGAAAGAGACUAUAAGGUUUCUUGCCUUUACUAACUAUUCCAUCAGUGGUAGCUGUUAUAAAAUUGAGUUGUAUACUUUAAAUAGGUAAAUUGUAUGAUAUAUGAAUUCUGUAUCAAUAAA